AUGUGCAGUUUUGUUUCUGGUUUCGAUGGCGUUGAAGGCACACACAGAGAGAGUAAUGUGCGAUUGGACGGAGGUGAAACGGCGCGACCGGUGCAAUCUGACAUUGAUGAGAUUAUCUCCUUCUACGUAACAAAUAUUCCAAGAGAUGUGAAUCGUUCUAAGCUUUGGAAGCCCUGUGCAAAGCUUGGAAGGCUUGUGGAUAUCUGUAUCCCAGGUAAAAGAGAUGAAGGUGGUUCCUUUUUUGCGUUUGCGAAAUUCACAAAGGUUGCCAAUACAUAUGACAUUGUGAAGGGCCUGAACGAGAUCUUAAUCGGAGGUCUAAGGGUGAAAGCAAACAUUUCAAAGCAUCCCCGCAAGCCCCCUCCACAAGUGAUUCGCAAGAAGAUGACCCCCAACCGUCCAUCUACCCGGCCCCACCUUCUUAAAGAGACUCUAGAUCUUUUGCUGAAGUGA